AUGAACCCUCCUUCAGGACCAAGAGUCCCCCUGGACCCAGCCCGGGAGCCUGGCUGCGUGGCCACCCCGGUCUCACCCAGCAGCACCUCCAGCACGGACCUCCCUCUGCCCACCAGCCCCACGGCAGCCGGGGCUCAGGCUGCGGCCUGGGUCUCCUUCCCCACCGUCGACGUUCCGGACCACGCCCACUACACCCUGGGCACAGUGAUCCUGCUGGUGGGCCUCACCGGGAUGCUGGGCAAUCUGACCGUCAUCUAUACCUUCUGCAGGAGCAGAGGUCUCAGGACGCCUGCCAACAUGUUCAUCAUCAACCUCGCGGUCAGCGACUUCCUCAUGUGCUUCACGCAGGCCCCCGUGGUCUUCGCCAGCAGCCUCUACAAGCGCUGGCUCUUCGGGGAGGCAGGCUGUGAGUUCUAUGCCUUCUGUGGGGCUCUCUUCGGCAUCACCUCCAUGAUCACCCUCACGGCCAUUGCCCUGGACCGCUACCUGGUGAUCACGCGCCCACUGGCCAUCGGCGUGGUGUCCAAAAGGCGGGCGGCGCUGGUCCUGCUGGGCGUCUGGCUCUACGCCCUGGCCUGGAGUCUUCCGCCUUUCUUCGGCUGGAGUGCCUACGUGCCCGAGGGCCUGCUGACCUCCUGCUCCUGGGACUACAUGAGCUUCACGCCAGCGGUCCGCGCCUACACCAUGCUGCUCUUCUGCUUCGUGUUCUUCCUCCCGCUGCUGGUCAUCAUCUACUGCUACGUCUUCAUCUUCAGGGCCAUUCGGGAGACAGGCCAGGCUCUCCAGACGUUCGGAGCCUGCGAGGGCCGCAGUGAACUGCCCCGACAGCGGCAGGGGCUGCAGAGUGAGUGGAAAAUGGCCAAGAUUGUGCUGCUGGUCAUUCUUCUCUUUGUGCUCUCCUGGGCCCCCUACUCCACCGUGGCCCUGAUGGCCUUUGCUGGGUACGCUCAUGUCCUGACGCCCUACAUGAACUCAGUGCCAGCCAUCAUCGCCAAGGCCUCUGCCAUCCACAACCCCAUCAUUUACGCCAUCACCCACCCCAAGUACAGAAUGGCCAUAGCCCAGCACCUGCCCUGCCUGGGCCUGCUGCUGCGUGUGUCGGGGCAGCGCGCCGGCCCGUACGCCAGCUACCGCUCCACCCACCGCUCCACGCUAAGCAGCCAGGCCUCGGACCUCAGCUGGGUCUCCAGACGGAGACGCCAGGCGUCCCUGGGCUCUGAAAGUGAGACGGGCUGGACAGACACGGAGGCGGCAGCGAUGUGGGGGGCUUCCCAGCAAGUGAGCGGCCCGCCCCCCUGCAGUCAGGGCCUGGAGGACAUGGAAACCAAGGCCCCUGCCAAGUCCCCCGCCAAGUCCCAGGGACAUGAAGCAGAGGAUCCCAGGAAGACCAAGGGGCUGCUCCCUAGCCCGGACCCCAGGACGUAGGGCCCUUGGCUCUCCUUUUCUUCUGGGACACGCCCAGCCCCUGAGGCCCCUCGCACAGACCCAGGAUCACCAUGAACUGUGGGCUCUGGAGCGGCCCUGCCACCGGGGUGUGCUGGACUCACAUCCUAAAACCAAAGCUUCUGCCCCUUCUCCUCUGGGCAGCCGGCUCCCCAGGCUCAGCCUGAGGAGGGGCCAGGCCUCCUGCUUCCGGGCAGCUGCUCCCCGCAAGUGCCGUGUGUGUGACUGCCCGGGUGGGCGACGGCCGUGGCGCUGCCCUGCCGGCGGGGCGUGCCCCCCUGCGCUGCAGCGGGAGCCCGUUCCUCGCCUUGGCUUCUCCCGCAGCGCUGCCCACCGUGCCCACGCUCACACACGCUCCCUCCGGCCCACAUCCGCAGGCACUGAGCACGUGUGCGCACACUCCCUGUGAUUUCUUUCACUCAUGAAGCGGUGGCCUGGUCCCGGGCUGUGCCGCUCCGACAGGGGCUGGGAAAAUAA